AUGCAUAUCCCAACAUCAAUCGGCCUCAUAACGCUUCUAGGUACAGUACAUGUUGCUGCACGUCCAGUCAAUAUGAACACGGUGGCAGUCCCAACAUCCACCCCUACUGUUCCAUCAAGCACCAUCAUCAUACCCGUCGUGAAGCAAACACUGACGGCACCCAAUCACCUACUCCCCCUUCACCAACAGCACGACAAACGAGAGAAGACCAAGUUGACCAAGAUCAUCGACAAGGCAACUAGCCACUUCCGUGACUUCAUCGUCGGCAAACCCAAAUCGAAGCCUAUAGCUGCCCCUCUUAGCGUAGAGCAGCUAGAGCAAUGGAACCUAGGGCCAAACGUCGACCCAGCCGUUACGACCAUCCAAGAGAUGCCGAGAAUGGACCUGGAAGAUCCCGUGCAGAAAGAACUUCUCCAAAGCAACUCUUGGGGGAAAGUCUCCACCACUCCCAAGCAAGAGAAGGAGGAGUGGCUCAAGGACCACCAGUGGGCGAAGGAGUGGGUUGAGAGCCAUUGA